AUGUGGCACAGGAUGGUUACGUCCAAGAAGGUCUCAUCACUGCUUGAGAAGAAAGAUGCUGCCAAUGAAGACCUAAAUGCAACAAGGAAAGAAGCAGAGGAAACCAACUCAACGAUUCUGGGGAAAGCUAAGCCCAGGAAGAAGAGAACUACGCAGUAUCCGAUCGUCGGAGCUGUACUCAAAUUUCAUAAAGAUGAUGAUGUGUAUCAUCCUGCUGAUGUAGGACUGCAGCAGCUGCACUACAAAGAGAUGUAG